AUGCAGUUCGGCACGCCUACUCUUUUAAUUCUGCUCACUGUGGCAUCACAAAUCUCUGCCCAACUUGUUCCCAAACGCAACGACUCCAAUUGUAAGGCAGGCAUGGCUCACUACUGUGUUACCAGAAAGCUCCCAGGUCGUGACGGGAAGAAGAUAGUUGGAGUAUACUCCCCCCUACAGCAGCCAACUAAAAACUGCCAUCUUGUUAUCAGCAACUCGAAGCGCUCUGAGAACUGCUGUGAUCCAUUCAAAUUUAAAGUAGCUACCGGUGUUCCAGCUGCCUAUGUGCCUCAUGAUCAAGCGACUGGUAGUUUUGUUACUUAUGAAUCCUACCAAACUGCCUGUUCGUGA